GGAACGCUUCUUCAACAACUGCAGCCACCUCGGUAGCUCGCUAGCCAACAAAGUCGGAACAUUCAAGUUCUUUAGACAAUUUCGUGCUUUAUUUGCCACUGAUUUAAGCAUACUUAUGUGGAAACAACUAGCUACCCAGUAUAAUUUAAUAUUUACGUUGUCACUCAACCCGCUGGUCGGUUAAGUUAGCACUAGUCUGGUCGCUAAUGCUAACUGUCGAACAUCCCCGAACAUGAGUUCACUAAGCUACUCUCCUCAUUCUAAAGAAGAGAAGGUCUGCUGGACGGAGGAAGAAGCUCUCGUGAAAGAAGAAGAGGAAGAGAAGGAUGUUACAAUACAAAAACAAGUAGAGGGUGAGACUGUUACCGUGAAAGAAGAAGAUCAAGACGUUACAGUCAAUGACGCCUUCAGGGUAAAAGAGGAGGAGGAUGUUACUGUGAAAGAAAAGGAGGAAGAUGCAGUUUUGGGAGUGGAGGAUGAAGUGAAAGAAGAUCAAGACAUUUUUGGAAUGAAGGAUGAAGAGGGGGAGAUCACUGUCACAUUAGAGGAGGACGAAGAAGAGAAGACUGGAGAACUGAUUAACACCAGUAAAUACAGAGAGGGACGGGACUAUCAUGGAUCCUCUGGGGAGCUUGAACAAAAUCAUGAUGCUGACAAGGCAGGGAAGAGUCUCUCCAGAUCAGAACUUCUCAAGAAACACCAGCAGAGACCCACAGGAAAGAAACCUCACUGCUGCUCUGACUGUGGGAAACAUUGCAAAUCUUCAUCAGAACUUAAAAAACACCGGAGAAAACACACAGGAGAGAAGCCUUAUAGCUGUGAUCAAUGUGGGAAGAGUUUUACUAAUUCAAGUAAUCUGAAAACACACCAGAGAACACACACAAGAGAGCAGCCUUACAGCUGUGAUCAGUGUGGCAAGAGUUUUACUCAGUUAUGCAACCUGGUAUCACACCAGAGAACACACACAGGAGAGAAACCUUAUCGCUGUGAUCAGUGUGGCAAGGGUUUUGCUCAGUCAAGUAGCCUGGUAUCACACCAGAGAACACACACAGGAGAGCAGCCAUAUAGCUGUGAUCAGUGUGGCAAGGGUUUUACUCGGUCAACCAACCUGGUAUCACACCAGAGAACACACACAGGAGAGCAGCCUUAUAGCUGUGAUCAUUGUGGCAAGGGUUUUAUUAAUUCAAGAAACCUGGUAACACACCAGAGAACACACACAGGAGAGAAGCCAUACAGCUGUGAGCAAUGUGGGAAAAGCUUUUCUCGGAUAGGAUACCUUAAAGGACACCAGAGAACACACACAGGACAGAAGCCUUAUAGCUGUGAUCAGUGUGGCAAGAGUUUUACUCAGUCAAGCAAGCUGCUAUCACACCAGAGAACACACACAGGAGGGCAGUCAUAUAGCUGUGAGCAAUGUGGGAAAAGCUUUUCUCGGAUAGGACACCUUAAAGGACACCAGAGAACACACACAGGAGAGAAACCUUAUAGCUGUAAUCAAUGUGGGAAGAGUUUUACUCAUUCAAGUAAUCUGAAAACACACCAGAGAACACACACAGGAGAGAAGCCUUACAGCUGUGAUCAGUGUGGCAAGAGUUUUACUCAGUCAAGCAACCUGGUAUCACACCAGAGAACACACACAGAAGAGCAGUCAUUUAGCUGUGAGCAAUGUGGAAAAAACCUUUCUCAGGGAGAAAGCCUUAAAGAGCACCAGAGAAUACACACAGGAGAGAAGGCUUAUAGCUGUGAUCAAUGUGGCAAGAGAUACUCUCAUUCAAGUGGUCUGAUUAAACAUCAGAAAAUACAUGCAUGAUAUCCACAGAGUGUAGAAUGACCUCCAACACCAGACCUGGGAAUGAUCUCCAACACCAGACCUGGGAAUGAUCUCCAACACCAGACCUGGGUAGUAGAACACAGUGUGGAAUGAUCUCCAACACCAGACCUGGGUAGUAGAACACAGUGUGGAAUGAUCUCCAACACCAGACCUGGGUAGUAGAACACAGUGUGGAAUGAUCUCCAACACCAGACCUAUAUACAUCAAAUCACAUUUUAUUUGUCACAUACAGUUGUUUAACAGAUGUUAUUGCGGGUGUAGCGAAAUGCUUGUGUUUCUAGCUCCAACAGUCCAGUAAUAUCUAACAAGUAAUAUCUAACAAUUCACACAAUCUAAAAGAAUGGAAUUAAGAAUAUAUAAAUAUUUGGGUGAGCAAUGUCAGAGCGGCAUAGUCUAAGAUACAGUGGAAUAGGAUAGAAUCUAGUCUGUUCAUUAUAUACAUCUACAUGAUGUGUUGUUACACCAUGUAGGAGCAGUGUAGACCUAGUCUGUUCAUUAUAUACAUCUACAUUAUGUAUUGUUACACCAUGUAGGAGCAGUGUAGACAUAGUCUGUUCAUGAUAUACAUCUACAUUAUGUAUUGUUACACCAUGUAGGAGCAGUAUAGACCUAGUCUGUUCAUUAUAUACAUCUACAUGAUGUAUUGUUACACCAUGUAGGAGCAGUGUAGACCUAGUCUGUUCAUGAUAUACAUCUACAUUAUGUAUUGUUACGCCAUGUAGCAGCAGUAUGGAGGUACAGUGGGGGACAAUUGUUGACACCCUUGAUAAAGAUAAGAUAAACGACUCUAUAAAAUAAAGAGUUCAAAAGUAAGCUAUAUUGAAUGUUAAAAACAAUAAAGGGAAAUUAUAUGAUUUUAUAAUAGUAAAAUUGCUCAGAGAAAGAGAUUUACUUUAACAUGUAAUUAUCAAAAGGAAGGGGUCUGAAUUAUUGCCACCCUUGUUUUCAAUACUCCAGCACCCUCCCCUUGGGAGGAUAACAACACUGACAUGUUUUAUGAGAUUAGAGAACACAUUAGGUGGGAUCUUAGACCAUUCCUCCAUACAGAAUCUCUCCAGGUCCUUGAUUUAUUUAGUCUGCGCUUGUGGACUGCCCUGUUCAAUUCAAACCACAGGUUUUCAAUGGAGUAGAAGUCUGAAGACUGAGAUGCCCAUAGAAAAAUGUUGAUUUUGUGCCCAAUUAACCAUUUUUUCGUGGAUGUUGAUGUGUCUUGCUGGAAGAUCCACUUAUGGCCAACUUUCAUUCUGCUAGCAGAGAGGUAACCAGGUUUUGGGCUAAAAUAUCCUGGUAGUGGGUAAAGUUAAUUUAUUUUAUACAGUAAUUUUUGCUCAUCUUUAUCAAUGGGUAUCAAUAACCAUGUACUUAUUUUGAUAUCUAGUUAUUUGAGUCAGAAAUACAGAUGUGGGGUAGAUGUAGAGUUGGUUUUAAAUUCUCAUUAAAAAUCUGAACUAAUAAAACAACA